AUGGUGGCCUCGCAGUUGGCCUUCGGCGAACCGCCUGUAGGCAGCAAAGAUGAUUUGCGGAAGGCGUAUCACCAGGUGGGCCGCGGUCUCACCGCGGUGCGCGUUGUCCAGCUCUUCUGGGACCCGCAACGGCGCGAACUGGUAGGAAGGGAUCUACUGUCACAGGAUUUUGGUACUGGAGGUGCUGUCGCGAAUUCAAACAUCGUGUUUCGUUGUCUGCGCGACAUACUGUACCGGUGGUUUUUCAUCAAUGCCGAUAAUUAUUUUGAUGAUUAUUGGACCUGGGAGCCGCCCUGGUCAGCGUCUUCUGCUCGAUUCGUCCUCCGCGAGGUCCUCCAGGUCCUGGAGUACGAUGUGAAGGAGGCGAAGAGCGAACACGGGACGCAGCUCCCCCUCCUUGGCUUGGUGUUUACCUCCCGCAAGGAGGGCCCCGAAGUCGGCAACCGCAGUUGUCGGCGCGAGCCGCUUGCUCGGGAAUGCGAGGAGGUCGCGCGCUCCCGCCCGCAGGCGGGGCAGGCGUCCUCGUGCAUCGGCAGGCUCGUGUUUGCCUCGCGCGGGCUGCAGGGGAAGGCGGGCGCGCACGCCCGCUGGCCGCUGUUCGACGCUCUCGGACACGUCGAGGCCGCCCAGCACGCCGGCGAGUGGCCGCCGCAGGCCAGGGUUGCCCUCCGCUUGUGGGCCCACCUUCUUCGGCGCGCGCGCCCGCGCUCCUUGCCUUUGGCCUCGCCGGCCGCGCCCGUUGCCAUACUUUACGGCGACGCCGCGCUGUCCUCCCAGCGGGCCGCAGCCAUGCUGGUCUUCCCCGGGACAGCCCCAGAGGUCCGCGAGGGAUUUUCGGUUGUGCUGCCGGCCCAGGUGCUCGAUCAAUUAGGGCCCUGCCGCCAGCAUGCUAUUAAUGGCGCCAAGACAUGGUGGAUCGCUAAAGCCUUGGAGGUGUGGGGCGAUAAAAUUCGUUCGCAUUGCCUCUACUGUUUUGGCGACAAUUCAGCAGCGCUCGCUGGGUGCGUCCGUGGGUACAGCGGGUCCCCGCACGUUGCCUGCGUGGUGGGCGCGGUGCACGAGCUAUUGUGCCGGCGCGACAUCCGGCGUUGGUUCGAAUACGUGCAUUCCGAUUCCAACCCUCUGGACGCAGCGUCCCGGGAAGAGGGCGAAAACGCCCUCGCCAAACUCGGGGCCAAGGUCGUCAAAGUGACGCCCACCUUGUCCGUGGACCUGUCCAGGUACCACGUCUGCUAG